UAGGUUUGAGUAUUGUACUUUUCGGAGAUGGUUUACUGAAGAUUAUCUGAGAGAGGGUUCUAAUGGAAGAGAAAGAAGAGUCCGACUCUUCAGAAACUCAAAUGGAGCCUCCUGAUCUUUCCUUUCUGAUUAAUCCGGAGAGUAAAAUUCAGGAACUACGUUUGUAUCGAUGUGAUUUAACUUUCUCAUGCUCCCAUGAUCUCCUUUCCAUUCUGAUCACUAACAAAUGCCUCACCAGAUUGGAUUUAUCAUUUAUUAAUCUGCAAGAUUCUGGAAUGAAACUUCUUUGUGAGGGACUCCGAGAUCUGGGCUGUACCCUGCAGGAGCUGAGGGUUUAUGACUGCAAAGCAACAUUAUCGUGCUGUGAUAAUCUGUGCUCAGUUAUCACCACAAACCGAACUUUAACCAGAUUGGAGAUAACAUUGGAUGUUGAUGAGAAGAUGGUAAACUCACAAGUGGAUCAUUGUUGUGAGGUUCUCCUGAACGUA